AUGGAGGCCGCAAACCAGGACAAUGACGAUGGACGCAGCGACGCCGACAACAACCUCACCGGCAACGACAACGACAACGACAACGACAACGACAACGACAACGACAACGACAACGACAACGACAACGACAACGACAACGACAACGAGGGCGACGACGGAGACGCCGCCAACGACCUCACCGGCAACGACAAGGACGCCCCCACUGCAAAACCCCGCCUCCCACGCAUCGGCUCCGGCGGCAUCCACAUAUCCGCGCCCUCGACUACCAAGUUCGCCAACACGGCGCCGAAGCCGCACAACGGCACAAAUUCUGCGGAGCUGGAAGCCGGAGCCAGCGGGCAGUCCCACUUGGGGUAUACCGGGCAGUGGAGCGACGAGAACAGGGCGGUAGCGUACGUCUGCGGGACGAACUGGGAUAUUUCGAGAUAUCAAGAGAAGGAACGACCUGCAAAUUGGCCGUCUAAGGGGUGGCAGUGUGGGGAGGUGGUACUGAAGAAAGGGGAGCCGAUAAGGUGCAAGGAGUGCGGGGGGAGGUUGUUGUAUAAGAAGAGAACAGAUAGGAUGGUGCAGUUUGAGGCGCGGUAA